CUUCUCCAUGAUGGCAGCGGGGUCUCCCCGUGUGCGGCGAUAUGGGGCAGCCCCCACUAUGCCCUGGCUAAAGAGCUGUAGACCGCAACAGAAAAAGACUAAAAUGCUCCAAUCAAAAGCGGACUACCUUCCUGAGCCCAUCCCCCAAGCUAUAGAAGCAUCUCCCCUGAUAAAGCUGGUCUCCCUUCAGAACGCCAAUGGCUCGUGGGGCCUUGACUCCGCCCUGGCUUCUGCGCUUGGAGUGAGUGAAACAGAUGUCAAGGGCAAAAUGCCCAGUGAGGGUGUGGAGCCCGGGGUCUGGGCGACGGUGCUGGCUGUGGUCUGGCUGCAUAGCCGCAGUGCAGCGCAGCGCGAGGAGUGGGAGCUGCUGGAGAUCAAGGCCGUGGGCUGGCUGCGCAGUCGAGCUGGAUCCAUCUCCCAGCUGGACAAGUGCCUGGAGGCAGCCAAUGCCCUGCUGGGCUGCUCCGUGGCUGGCCCUGGUCUUGGG